AAACGGGCGCGGCCGCAGAGCGAAGACCUCAAGGUCAUGCCACUGAAGUACGAGACGUGCGACGUAAAAGACCUGGGCGUCCUGGUAUCCGACAUGCUUAUGGAGCUGGUGCGCUUGAACGAUGACAUGCCGUUGCGGGACGGGCAGCUCACACGGUUCCAUUCAAGAGCACCGCCGGCCAUCUCGGUCAAAGACUACCUCUUCCGCCUCAUCGUCCACGCUACACUCUCGCCGCCCAUCCUGCUAUCCAUGGUCUUCUACGUCGACAAGCUCUGCUCCAUGUACCCCGCCUUCACCAUCAGCAGCCUGACCGUACACCGUUUCCUAAUAACAGCCGCCACCGUCGCCGCAAAAGGGCUCAGCGAUAGCUUCUGGACGAAUAGCUUAUAUGCGAAGGUGGGCGGCGUCAGCCUGCGGGAAUUGGCGCUACUAGAGCUGGAAUUUCUCAGAAAGCUGGAUUGGCGGAUCGUGCCGAAGCCAGAGGUCCUCGUCGAUUACUACAGGGGUCUGGUGGAGAGAGGCGAUGGUUACGUCAUGGAGAGGGAGACAGACUCUGAGGUAUCUUCAACCCCCGAGAGUUCAGCGGCAUCAUCGCGGAUUGAUGCGUUGGUUGCGAGCACGACCGGCUCCAGCGAUUAA